AUGGACAUCAAAGAUAGCAGCGACGAGGAGGACACGCACAACAUUUCAGCGUUCACGAAAUUCGACGAGAGCAUCGAGGUACGUAACGCUGAAGAAAUAAAGAGUCCAGUGAGCCGUAGACCAUCCAGUUCGAAAAGAACGAGGCAACAUCCGGUGAACGAGAGUCGAAGUAGCAUGGGGAUAAAUUCACCUCACGAAAAGUUGAAUUUUCGAAGGUAUUCCGAUCAUGGGAACAGCUUUGGAAAAUCUAUGGGGUUGAACAGCGAUCCAUCAGACAGCGAGGAGAGCGACGACGAUGAUAUACAAGGGACUAAUAAUGCUCCGCUUGUCGAAAUUUACAAUCCCAAGGAUUUCGACGAUUUAAACGUGUCUACGGAGGUGAAGGAACUGUUUCAGAACAUAAUGAGGUACACUCCACAGAAGAUAGAGCUGAACUACAAGCUGAUACCGUUUAUCCCCGACUAUAUUCCAGCAGUGGGCGACAUAGACGCCUUCAUAAAGGUUCCGCGACCGGAUGGUGUGGAGGAGAAAAUUGGUUUGACAGUUCUGGACGAACCUUGCACCAAUCAAUCUGACCCAGCAGUGCUUCAUUUGCAGCUACGUAGCCACUUGAGAAGCGCAGGUGCAGCGAGGCAAACGGUGAUCAAGAGGAUCGAGGACGCUGAGAAAAAUGGGAAAUCGAUCGACAAGUGGAUCGAAGAUAUAAAUCAGCUUCACAGGAGCAAACAUUCGCUCGCCGUUAACCUAACUAAACCGAUGCCGGACAUCGACUCGUUGUUGCAACAAUGGCCACCUGAGGUCGAAGAGAAAUUAAACGAAGUUGAAUUGGACUUUACAGAAUUGGAUUGUACGUUACCAGAGCUUGUAGAUCUGGUUUCCAAUCUUUUAGACAUUCCUUCGGAGGAGAAUAGCAGAUUAGAAGCACUUCACACGCUUUUUACGUUGUAUCUGGAAGUACGAAAUCUCAGGGCUCAGAAAUAUUGA